CGAACGAUAAUCCAGGAAGAGUUCUGAAUUAUUUUAAUCUGAAAAUAAAUAUAAAAUAGGGAUGUUUACAGUAUACAGUAGGGAUGUUUACUUCCGGUAUGUUUUGUUGCGUGGGGCUGAUGGGAGAGCGGGAUGCGAUCAAGCUCCUGCGAGGAACACAAGGACAGAGAGGGUGCAGCUGAAAUGUGGCUCUUUAUUGCGCAGUUGUAGUUCAUCUGUGAUUGAGGAUAUCGUGGAUAAAGCACAGCGCGUUACAGAAGGCUUUUGUGGGGGGAAAAAUGGUGGAACGCUGGCGCUACUGUGAGCCUGGCGUGUCUGUGCAGCGAGUGUGGACUGAUGGUGGAUUUACACCCUGCUUCUUCUUCACCCUCGUCCCCUCGGUCCUCGGCACACUCGCCGCCCUUCUUGGCACCCUCCACUGCGUGUGCUACGCUCGCUAUGGCACCAAAAUGGAGUCCCGAUUCGUGCCACGUUCUUGCCUUUACAAACUGCAGCUGGCUCUUUCGGUUCUGCUCGGCAUCCAGGCGCUGGCCUGGAUGAUAUUCCGGCUGGUACGGGACACGCCGGUGCCUGGAUAUGUGGUGCUUUGUGGCUGUCUCUAUGCCCUGGCGUGGGCAUGGGCGACCGCGCUGCUGAGAGUGGAGAGAAAGAGGGUUCUAGUGACGGACAGGACGAGAGGACACAGUGCUGUGCUGCUGUUGUACUGGACGGUGGCAUUCGUCGCUGAGAACCUGGCGUUCGUGUCCUGGGAGAGCCCAAGGUGGUGGUGGGGGUUCGAGAACCCCGAGCAGCUGGUGGAAUUUGCGUUCUGGCUGUUUCGCUAUAUCUGCUCUGGGACCCUGUUCUUCAUCGGCCUCAAAGCUCCAGGACUGCCACGAAGACCCUAUGCACUGCUUGUUAACGAGGACGAACGUGAUGUUGAAAGUGUCGGACAGCCGUUGCUAGGUGACGCGGCACAGAACCAGUCAGCAUGGAGCGACUUUAGAAGGAAGCUGCGUCUCCUGUUGCCGUACAUGUGGCCGAGCGGCAGCGUCCUCCUCCAGCUCGUCGUCCUGCUGUGUCUCGGGCUGUUGGCAGCCGAACGCGCCAUCAACGUCUUCGUCCCCAUCUACUACAAAAACAUAGUGAACGAGCUGACCGCAGGAAGUCCCUGGAAGACCUUGGCCACCACAGUGUGCAUCUUCGUCCUGUUCAAGUUCCUGCAAGGAGGUGGUGCUGGUUCUUCAGGGUUCAUCAGCAACCUGCGUACGUUCCUGUGGAUCCGCGUGCAGCAGUACACCGGCCGUGUGGUGCAAGUCCGCCUCUUCGCCCACUUACACUCUCUGUCUCUACGCUGGCACCUGCAGCGGCGCACCGGCGAAGUCCUGUGCAGCAUCAACCGCGGAACCUCGUCCAUCGACAGCCUGCUCAGCUACCUUGUUUUCACCAUCUUACCCACAUUCGCUGACAUCAUCAUCGCCAUCGUCUACUUCACGUCCAACUUCAACGCCUGGUUCGGCCUCAUCGUCUUCGUCUGUAUGGUGCUUUACCUCACUCUGACCAUCGUAAUAACUGAAUGGAGGACAAAGUACAGGCGAGAAAUGAACACUCAGGACAACAAUGCCAAGGCCAAAGCAGUGGACUCCCUGCUGAACUUUGAGACGGUGAAAUACUACAACGCGGAGGAUUAUGAAGUCGGUCGCUUUGAGGAAGCCAUUCUCAAAUACCAGUCGUUGGAGUGGCUGACCAGCGCGUCUCUGGCUCUGCUGAAUCAGACCCAGAAUCUGAUCAUCGGCUUGGGUCUGCUGGCCGGCUCGCUGCUCUGCGCGUACUUCGUCACCGAGGGCAAGUUACAGAUUGGAGAUUAUGUUCUGUUUGGCACAUACAUCAUCCAGCUCUAUACACCUCUCAAUUGGUUCGGCACAUACUACAGGGUCAUUCAGAAGUCAUUCAUUGACAUGGAGAACAUGAUCAAGCUGUUUGAUGAAGAGGAGGAGGUGAAGGAUGACGUGAACGCCCAAAUCCUGCACUACAAACACGGAAAGAUCGAGUUCGAAAAUGUUUCCUUUAGCUACGUAGAAGGGAAAGAGGUUCUGAAGGACGUCUCGUUUACGGUCCUGCCCGGCCAAACUGUAGCACUCGUGGGACAGUCGGGCUCGGGGAAGAGCACCAUCAUCCGUCUGCUCUUUCGUUUCUACAACGUUCAGGGCGGCUGCAUCCGCGUCGACAGCCAGGAUAUUUCUCAGGUGAAGCAGGCCUCAUUGCGUUCCCACAUCGGUGUCGUUCCCCAGGACACCGUCCUCUUCAACGAUAACAUUCGUGAAAAUAUCCGUUACGGCCGAAUCUCCGCCUCCGACCAGGAAGUGGAGGACGCCGCCGUCGCUGCUGACAUCCAUGACAAAAUUCUCUCCUUCCUGGAUGGCUACAACACACAAGUAGGUGAGAGGGGUCUGAAGCUGAGUGGAGGAGAGAAACAGAGGGUAGCCAUCGCUCGCACCAUCCUCAAAGCACCCCAGAUCAUCCUGCUGGACGAGGCCACUUCUGCCCUCGACACGCAGACGGAGCGCAACAUUCAGGCCUCGUUGGCGAAAGUGUGUACCAACAGAACCACCAUUGUGGUGGCCCACAGGUUGUCGACCAUCAUUGGAGCCGAUCAGAUCCUCGUUCUGCGGGAUGGACAGAUAGCCGAGAGAGGGAGACACGAGGAGCUUUUAGCUAAAGGAGGGCUCUACGCGGACAUGUGGCUGAAACAGCAGCAGGCCUCCGACUCGGACUCGGCCUCCGACUCGGAAACCAAAGACCGAUGUCCUGAGAAACUCCAACCCCCAUCGUCCACUGCAAAACACGGGCAUCACUGAGAGCCGAACAGCACGUGCAGAGAGGAUUCUGGGUACUAUUGAAAAGAGUAAGAAGUGGGGUGUGUUUUUUUUUUUUUUUUUCAAAGCAUUAUACCAAUAAUGAAACAGAUCUAUGUUGUGUAGACGUAUUAUCUUUACUGAGGUGGCGUAUGAACAAACCCCACAUUUGAACACGCACACAUUCUGUAUUAGAACAGAUAUAGAGCCGUCAUUACUUUCAGUCUGUCAAGAGUCACUGAAUCGGCAGUGCAGCCUUAUAUAUAAUAUAAAGGAAGGAGAAUAAUACCACAUUGACGUCAUGUGGGAAUUUGCUGGGAGAAGGAAACUUCCGAUUGGGAAGAGUUUAUGCUGAGCUGUUUAGUUUACUUGAUACAUGGUGGUGGCAGCAUUUGCUGAAAGCUGUGUUCGUGUUCAAUGCAGAACAAAACAUCUUCAGCAUCUGUAAUAUAAACAGUUCCCAUGGAGAAAUAAGUGCUUGGUAACGAAAGCUGGGUCGGUGUCAAGUUUAAUUCAAUCAGCAAACUGUUUUUUUUUUGUUGUUGUUGUUGUUGUUUUGUUUUUUUCUUCCCCCCCCCACCCCAAAUGUCGAUAAUAGCUCAGCAACACAAAUACUAAAAAGCGAUAAUGUUAUCCACCCAGCCGAGUUACACAAGUUCGUUUAUUGUGUGAUUUAAAACCAGUAAAUAAGAUGCGAGCAAGCCAAGUGAUUUUAGCUCAGACUAUUUUAAUUGUUUCAUAAAAUUUAAAUACUGACAUAGAAAGAAUUAGACUGGUACCAAAAUUCAAAAAAGUGCUUAUUUAAGGAGUUAAAGGCAUUUUUGAGACAAAGUCGGCCAACAGUCUUAUUUUGUCGAU